AUGAGUUUGACUUCAAAUAGUGAAAAUUGCCAAAAGUGUCCUGAAGAUCAAUGGCCAAAUGACGAAAAAGACGAGUGUAUUCCAAAAUUGGUAGAGUUUCUGUCAUACGAGCAGGACAUGUUGGCUGCAGUCUUCUCCUCCAUGUCUGGACUUUUUCUUAUUAUAACUAUCUCUGUAUCAGCAAUUUUCCUUUUAUUCUUGAACACACCCAUAGUAAAAGCCAAUAAUCGGAACAUCAGCUUCAUUCUUCUUCUGUCCCUCAAGUUCAGUUUAUUGUGCAUGUUCCUGUUCAUUGGUCGCCCAGAUGAUAUAACCUGCAUGUUACGACAAAUCUCCAUUGGGGUCACCUUCACUGUUGCAGUGUCUUCUAUCUUGGCCAAGACCGUUAUGGUUUCCAUCGCUUUUAAAGCCACCAGACCUGGAAGCUACUGGAGGAAAUGGCUGGGGGUUAAACUGCCCAAUUCUGUAGUCCUGAUCUGCUCCCUCGUUCAGUUUCUGAAUGGAAUUAUUUGGCUGUCAAUUUCCCCUCCAUUUCAGGAGAUGGACAUUGAUUCUUAUCCCGGAAAGAUCAUCAUCCAGUGUAAUGAAGGCUCUGUUGUGCCAUUUUAUUUCAUGCUGGGUUAUCUGGGGCUUCUGGCAGCUGUGAGUUUUAUGCUAGCAUUCACGGUGAGGACAUUACCUGAUAUAUUUAAUGAGGCCAAGUAUAUCACCUUCAGUAUGCUGGUCUUCUGCAGCGUCUGGAUCUGUGCCAUCCCAGCUUAUGUGAGCAGUAAGGGGAAGAGCAUGGUCAUUGUAGAGAUAUUUUCUAUAUUGGCCUCAGAAUUUGGCAUUUUGAGCUGUAUAUUUUUUCCCAAAUGCUACAAUAUUAUUAUGAGGCCAGAGGCUCACACCUACCUCUGGGCGAACACACCGGUGAUGUUCAUCACCAAUAACCAAGCGUUGGUGGACAUUAUCACAAGAGGUCGGGCUAAAUCUUCCAGGAUCAUGUCCCUCCUGCGCAGACUGGUGCUGCCAGGAGCGGACCCCACAGGGUCCCCUCUUCCGGUCUUCCAGUCUCUGGUGAUGGAUUAG